AUGUCUCUUUAUGUUAGUAAAUUUUUAUGUGAAACCUUGGAAAGGUUACAAUUAAGCAUAAAGGAAAAAAAGAAGAAUAAACAACUUCUACUUAAUCAUUCAAACUAUCUUCCAUAUAUUAAAGCUUAUGUUAUUAUUGAACUGGAAAAAAACAGAAAUGGAUACUGGACACAUAAAAACAUAGCAAAACAG